GUGAGGGCCCUACUCAGAAAGCCCUGCAGUGCUUGAACCAGCGGCUUCGAGUGCAGGAGGAGGAAAUGGAGCUGGUAAAGGCAGCUCUGGCAGAAGCUCUUCGCAUGCUACGGCUGCAGGUGCCCCCCACCUCCUUGCAGGGAUCUGGCACCCUAGUUCCUACAAGCAACAGCACUGCAGCCUCCCCAGGACUGCCACCCACAUGCAGUGCACCCUUGGUGAGCCGAGGCACUCAGACGGAGACAGAGGUGGAGAUCCAGUCAUCGCCUGGACCGCCUGGCCUGAGCAACGGGCCCCCAGCCCCUCAGGGGAUCAGUGAAGAGCCCAGUGGGACCCAGUCUGAAGGAGGGGGCAGCAGCAGUAGUGGGGCUGGCUCCCCUGGCCCCCCGGGGAUCCUCAGGCCUGUGCAGCCUCUACAGCGCGCUGAUGCGCAACGGAGAAAUUCGUCUUCUUCAACCCCCUCCGAGCGGCCUCGGCAGAAACUCUCCAGAAAGGCAGCGUCCUCUGCCAACCUGUUACUGCGGUCAGGGAGCACUGAGAGCCGUGGAGGGAAAGACCCUCUCUCUAGCCCUGGGGGUCCUGGAUCUCGGAGAAGCAAUUAUAAUUUGGAAGGCAUCUCGGUGAAGAUGUUCCUCCGUGGCCGUCCCAUUACCAUGUACAUCCCCUCUGGCAUCCGCAGCCUUGAGGAGCUGCCCAGUGGCCCACCCCCAGAGACCCUUAGCCUUGACUGGGUUUAUGGCUACAGGGGUCGUGACUCCCGCUCUAACCUGUUUGUGCUGCGCUCUGGGGAGGUGGUCUACUUUAUUGCCUGUGUGGUGGUGCUGUACCGGCCUGGGGGAGGCCCAGGGGGUCCUGGAGGUGGCGGCCAGAGACAUUACAGGGGGCACUCAGACUGCGUUCGAUGCCUUGCCGUUCACCCUGAUGGUGUCCGCGUAGCCUCAGGACAGACGGCUGGAGUGGAUAAGGAUGGAAAGCCCCUGCAGCCUGUGGUUCACGUCUGGGACUCAGAGACGCUGCUGAAGCUGCAGGAGAUUGGACUGGGGGCCUUUGAGCGGGGUGUGGGGGCUCUGGCCUUUUCAGUUGCGGACCAAGGUGCUUUUCUCUGUGUGGUGGAUGAUUCCAAUGAGCAUAUGUUGUCAGUGUGGGACUGCAGUCGGGGAACGAAGCUGGCUGAGAUCAAGAGUACGAAUGACUCAGUCCUGGCCGUUGGCUUCAGCCCUCGUGACAGCAGCUGCAUCGUCACCAGUGGGAAAUCACACGUCCACUUCUGGAACUGGAGUGGAACAGGGGUUCCUGGGAAUGGGACCCUUGCCCGGAAACAGGGUGUCUUUGGGAAAUACAAGAAACCCAAGUUUAUCCCUUGCUUUGUGUUCCUGCCGGAUGGAGACAUUCUCACGGGGGACUCAGAGGGGAACAUUCUCACCUGGGGGCGGAGCCCCUCAGAUUCCAAGACGCCAGGAAGGGGCGGAGCCAAAGAGACCUAUGGGAUUGUGGCCCAGGCCCAUGCUCACGAAGGUUCUAUCUUCGCUCUGUGUCUCCGGCGGGACGGGACAGUGCUGAGUGGUGGCGGGCGGGACCGCCGGCUGGUACAGUGGAGUCCGGGAUUGGUGGCCCUCCAGGAGGCUGAGAUUCCGGAACACUUUGGGGCCGUAAGGGCCAUUGCUGAAGGCCUUGGCUCUGAGCUGCUGGUGGGGACCACGAAGAAUGCAUUGCUGAGGGGAGAUCUGGCCCAGGGCUUUUCCCCUGUGAUCCAGGGCCACACUGAUGAGCUCUGGGGUCUCUGCACACAUCCCUCCUUGAACCGCUUCCUCACUUGUGGCCAUGACCGGCAGCUCUGCCUGUGGGACGGGGAAGGCCAUGCACUGUCCUGGAGCCUUGACCUUAAGGAGACUGGUCUCUGUGCUGACUUCCACCCGAGUGGGACAGUUGUGGCUGUUGGACUGAACACAGGGAGGUGGUUGGUUUUGGACACAGAGACCAGAGAGAUCGUGUCUGACGUCACUGAUGGCAAUGAACAGCUUUCAGUGGUCCGGUACAGCCCAGAUGGGUUGUACCUGGCCAUUGGUUCCCAUGACAACAUGAUCUACAUCUAUAGCGUUUCCAGUGAUGGUGCCAAGUCCAGCCGUUUUGGUCGCUGUGUGGGUCACUCCAGCUUCAUCACUCACCUUGACUGGUCCAAGGAUGGGAACUUUAUCAUGUCCAAUUCUGGGGACUAUGAAAUUCUUUACUGGGACGUGACUGGAGGCUGCAAGCUGCUGAGGAACCGCUAUGAGAGCCGAGAUCGGGAAUGGGCUACCUAUACCUGUGUUCUGGGCUUCCACGUCUACGGCGUGUGGCCGGACGGCUCCGAUGGAACCGACAUCAACUCCCUGUGCCGCUCCCACAAUGAGCGCGUGGUGGCUGUGGCCGACGACUUCUGCAAAGUGCACCUUUUCCAGUACCCGUGCGCGCGGGCCAAGGUGAGGCCGCCAGGGACCGCUGAGGCCGGCCGGGCGGGCCUGGGGGGGGGGGGCCCCCCCCCCCUCCACUCCCUCUCGAACACCCUCCUUAUCCCCCGCCUCCUCCCUCGAUGUCUGAUAGCUGCGGGACUGGCCCUGCGGCGGCCCCAUCCCGCCCAACCGAAUCCCCCAGGACAAGGGGUCGACUCUUUCCUCGACUCUUUCCUCCACUUCGAGACAUUCCCGACCGCGCAUUUCUUUAGAGGGGGGCGAAUGGUACCCCUGCAUACACUGUAUAGACCCGCUGGCUGAGCCGGGCAGCCCCAGCCUAGGCCCUGACUCCUGCUGCCUACUGAGGGGCAAUAAACCAAAAACAAAGUCA